GGUCUUACAAUCUUCGAUUCGUCGCUAUUGUAUCUCAAAAACUGCAUCAUGUUACGCACACUGAUUUAUCUUUUCCUAUCAGCUCUGCAAGCGCGCAAGAUCACCGCUGAAGUCCCCGUAUCCUGCCAAAAAAACCAUGAUGGUUUCUUUGUCACCGAAGACACAUACAUCAACAAAAUUGUAACUUUUCAAGUCGCAUCGUACGUCAUAAUUGCUGCUUCAUCGUCAAUUCAACUCCGUCAAGCACUUGCUGAAUGCCCAAUCCCAGUGCUCCUUCCUCCCUCAAUGUAACAGGGCACUACCUUACGCUCGACCAGCCCACUGGAUAUUUGAACAUUCGCAAUAUCACGGUCCAUCCCGACAUCUUCUAUGCUGUUGGCUAUCUACCCAUCUACCAACCCGCCUCGCAAUCACCCAAAAGCGGCGCAUGGAGCUGCGCCUGGCACAAGUUCGUUGAAAAACAUACAGUCUACAACUACACACAAGGGGGGAGUGAUAGUGACCUAGAGUUAAUCAAACUGAAUUGGGAUCCGUCCCCGCUGUUGUUUGGUAGUGAAAGGGCACUCAGAACUGAUUUUAGGGAGAGUUGGACGAGCAUGUCCUUUGGUUGGAUUGUGACAAAGAAUGCAGAGGGCGACACGCGGGUCAUGGGUAGUAUGGCUCGAGGCACGUUUUUGGCAUAUCAGGGGGAUAAUGGGAAGAUUUUGGUGGGGCAUGCGGAUACAGCAAAGCUAGAUAACGGAAAAGGCCAGCCAAUUGAAUUGAGAAUGAUCGUGGUCGAAGACAAAGCGCCAGCGUAGUGAAAAUGGCCUAAGGCACUUUGAUCAGGUUUACUACUAUCUCUUUUUCGAUUGGCGUGGCUUGAUUCUAGCUAAUAAGCUUCUUGACAGUUUGAUUUGUAGAGAAAUUGUCUAUAGAUAUGAAUUGCAUCUUACGUCAGAAGGUUUUCUAAGAGGAGACCACUGAAGUUCGAC